AUGUACUACCUCUCCCUCAAUCGUGCAGCACUCAUCUUCAUCCCACCUCAAGAAGCAUUGAACAUAGCUGAAGCCACUGUGAUACAAGUGAUCAUCAAGUCGGGAAAAGAUCUUCAGCACGGACCCAAUAACACUGACGGCCCAUCGAUAGAUAUGCUGGCAAUGUACUAUGACGUUCAAGUUGAGGUCACCCAAGCUGUGCGAAACCUUCUUGUAUACGACCUGGCUCUUCCUCUAUCCUUUCAAGGACAGAAAAUUGAUAUCGAUGGGAGAAACUAUGUCCUGCACGGGACCAGAAUGCCGUGGUCGAUCGCGGAUAAACUCGCUGGAUCUUUAAGGUGGGGGAUAGGCUCUCAUUCAGAAGUUCGCAUGGCCAAGCAUAAAUGGGUGUUCGAAUUGGAGAUGUUGAAUAACGUGAAGGACGACUCGGAGGAGGUAGAGAUGGAACAAGUCGAGGGCAUGCUGAACGUGCCCGGUUACCGAGGGCUCUUCGGGUGA